AUGGCUGGAUUAUUCAGAACGUUCAUUAAUCGGGUACCCAAUUUACUAAAAACUGCACCGACAAAUACGACCGCAUUUAGAAACUUCGUACUAUCAACCACUUUACUAAAACCUAGAGUACAAGAACCGGCUCCGGACUUCGGUGGAAUUGCGGUCGUAAAUAAAGACUUCAAGCAAAUCAAAUUGGCCGAUUACAAAGGGAAAUUCGUCGUGUUGUUUUUCUACCCCUUGGAUUUCACUUUCGUGUGUCCCACAGAACUUAUUAGUUUAGAUGAAAGGAUUGAUGAUUUUCACAGUUUAAAUGCCGAAGUUAUCGGCUGCUCGAUCGACUCGCACUUUUCCCAUUUAGGCUGGAUCAACUCGAGUAGAAAAGAUGGAGGUCUAGGGAACAUCCGAUACCCUCUACUAUCCGAUAUAAAUAAAAACAUUGCUAGAAAAUACGAUGUAUUGUUGGAAAACGAAGGUAUAGCUUUAAGAGGAAUGUUCAUCAUCGAUCCUAAUGGAAUCCUCAGGCAUAUAACUGUAAACGAUUUGCCCAUCGGAAGGUCCGUAGAUGAAGCCAUAAGAAUCAUAGAAGCCAUUGCAUUCGUCGAUGAACACGGAGAAGUAUGUCCUGCUAAUUGGAAGAAAGGCAGCAAAACCAUAAAACCAGACCCGAAGGGUUCUUUGGAAUAUUUCAACAACGUUAACAAAUAA